GGGAAACGGACACCGCUGUCACCUCUCAUCCUUCUGCUCCAGAGACCAAUGAUCUCAGUGCACCCGAGCUUCUCUCCUGAGCCGUGAACAUCGAGGGUCACUUGGCUGUCGGAUGUACCACGGAAGACCCAGUGCUUGGCUACAUUCUUAUCUGGACACCUUGUACAACAACCCCACCAGACUUGAAUCCCAUAGACAUGCUUGAGGACACAUCAGAAGCUGCAAGUUGUUAAUGCCUACCACAAAAGUAUGGUAGGCUUCCACCAAAGUCCUCCAUUUCCCAGAACGUGCACGAUAUUUUAACCUCCCACCUUUGUGCUUGGUGUGUGGCUUGAAGUCUAGGCCGCACACUCUCUUUCUUUCGAAUAUACAGACCUACCUACCUGUAGACAUAUAUGUAUACGUACAUAUAAAACGGACCCAGGUCACAGGACGGCAAACGGCUCUAGCUACCACGACGAUUGCAAAGGAUUUAGAGAUGUAUUUGUCAAGAUUCCUGUCAAUUCAUGCCCUCUGGGUUACGGUGUCCUCGGUGAUGCAGCCCUUCCCGUUGGUGUGGGGACAUUAUGACGUGUGUAAGACUCAGAUUUACACAGAUGAAGGGAAAGUUUGGGAUUACAUGGCCUGUCAGCCGGAAUCCAUGGACAUGACCAAAUAUCUGAAAGUGAAAUUGGACCCUCCGGAUAUUACCUGUGGAGACCCUCCUGAGACAUUCUGUGCAAUGGGCAACCCGUACAUGUGCAAUAAUGAAUGCGACGCAAGUACCCCCGAGCUGGCUCAUCCCCCUGAGCUGAUGUUUGAUUUUGAAGGACGACAUCCCUCCACCUUUUGGCAGUCUGCCACUUGGAAGGAGUACCCCAAGCCUCUGCAGGUUAACAUCACUCUGUCUUGGAGCAAAACCAUUGAGCUCACAGACAACAUAGUUAUUACCUUUGAAUCUGGACGUCCAGACCAAAUGAUCCUGGAGAAAUCUCUUGAUUAUGGGCGAACAUGGCAGCCAUAUCAGUACUACGCCACGGACUGCUUAGAUGCCUUUCACAUGGAUCCCAAGUCCGUGAAGGAUUUAUCCCAGCACACGGUCCUCGAGAUCAUUUGCACAGAAGAGUACUCCACGGGGUACAUGACAAACAGCAAAAUAAUCAACUUCGAAAUCAAAGACAGGUUCGCCUUUUUUGCUGGGCCCCGGCUGCGCAACAUGGCUUCCCUUUAUGGACAGCUGGACACAACCAAGAAGCUCAGAGACUUCUUCACAGUCACAGACCUGAGGGUCAGGCUCUUGAGACCGGCCAUCGGGGAAAUAUUUGUAGACGAACAGCACUUGGCACGCUACUUUUACGCCAUCUCCGACGUAAAGGUACAAGGAAGGUGCAAGUGUAAUCUCCAUGCCACUGUGUGUGUGUAUGACAACAGCAAGUUGACAUGUGAAUGUGAGCACAACACUACAGGUCCAGACUGUGGGAAGUGCAAGAAGAAUUAUCAGGGCCGGCCUUGGAGCCCAGGCUCCUAUCUGCCCAUUCCCAAAGGCACCGCAAAUACCUGUAUCCCCAGUAUUUCCAGUAUUGGUAAUCCUCCAAAGCUUAAUAGGAUAUGGCCGAAUAUUUCUUCCCUUGAGUUUUCUAACCCCAAACAAGUUGCUCCCAAAUUAGCUUUGUCAACAGUUUCUUCUGUUCAAGUUGCAAACCACAAGAGAGCGAAUGUCUGCGACAACGAGCUCCUGCACUGCCAGAACGGAGGGACGUGCCACAACAACGUGCGCUGCCAGUGCCCAGAGGCGUACACGGGCAUCCUCUGUGAGAAGCUGCGGUGCCAGGAGGCGGGCAGCUGCGGCGCGGACUCGGGCCAGGCCGCGCUCCGGCCGGCCUCUGCGGAGCCGGGGCUGCUGCUGCUGCCGCUGGCCGCCCUGCUGGGGACAGCCGGGCCCCUGGCCAUCUAG